AUGACAUGCCUUGUUUGGACAAGAGAUCGUAACACUUACAAGGAGGCAUUUCGAACGGCGUCAUUGCAGAGGCGACUAAUGCAAGGAGAUAGUACUGAUAUACGCGAAUGGGGAAUACAUAGAAGCAGGCGAAACAAAGCGAUGAAGAUCUGGAUGGCGCUGAGGUUGAAUGGAUUGGAAGGCUUCCGUUACCAUCUGAAUAAUGCCGUGGAGAUGUGCGUUUAUUUUGAAUCUCUGGUUGCUACACAUCCCUUACUGAAAAUUUUCUCUCGAAAACUCGCUAUUUUCACGUUCUUUUACGAGGAGCCUGGUUCUUCUAAGGAAGAAAACAAUUUAUACACCGAAAAUCUAUGCCAAUUCAUCAACCAAUCUCACAAGCUCUAUGUUACCCACACAAAGAAGCAUUCGAUGCCUGCUUCAUGA